AUGGCGACGACAUCCGACAAAACGACGAUUCCUUUUAGAAGCGCCUCGUCAUGGCUCAUGCGCAAGAGCUACAGUCAGUGGAAGGCCCUACUGAGUGCUACUCUUGAAUGUUGGGCGCAUAGUAUUUUAUACAAUAAGCACAUUUAUCCCAAGGACACUUUUGGACCCACACGCUUUCUCGGAGUUCGGUGUCACGUAUGUCGGCAUCCUGAAGUCGUCUCAUACGUUCGAGAUACGAUUGCCGUAGCGGUACCGGCUUUGAUUGAAAAUGCCGCGGAUGAGCUUGUUCUUUACUUGACCUCCGAGAAUGAGGAAGAAUUACAGUCAAGACGGAACCUUCAGGCAUACCGGCUCGGUAUUAAGAAUUUAAUGCCAAGUGGUGUGGAAUCAGAAGACGCUUUUACACAGAUGCUUCCGGAGCUUGAACGAAGUAUGCGGGACCUAAUUUUAGAAGUACACAGUUUGCGGUCGGAUCGACUCAUUCCGGGAGAAGACAAUUCAAUCAGUUUCCGUCUCCAGCUGCAUAUAUCGGAUCAGUACAACUCAGCAUCAUGCUACGAGUUGAAUCAGGUCUUCGCUCGAGGAAUUUGGAAAGUAUCCAGUGAAAACGAAUUGGAACGAGGGCAAAGGAAAGCAUCAAACAAGAACUCCAGCCCAGUAAUUAUUCCUUUACAUCGUAUGGAGACACCAAUAUCUACAUUGGAUUUUACGAUGGAACGCGAAAGAAGGGAUGGAUUGGAAACAACGAAGGACAAGCGGCAGGGGACGAUUUAAAUCAGAUUCUGAACUGAUAAGCCGUCGCAACUUUCGAAAACCAAAGAUUUAGGCUAGGCGCUCGUUUCCGAUUCUUGCGCUAAAAGUACAGUUCCCACCAUGCAAAGGUGUAUACAUCACGAAGAAACAUGUUUACACCAGCAAUUACCGUGAAAGAGCUUAACUUCCUUGUCCGGCGGGAUGGACAACAGCAACGUAAUCCUUG